AGUGUGGUUGGAGGAACGGGUGAGAGAGAGAAUGUGUGAGUGAGAGAGACAGAGAGAACCGAAGUAUGAGCUGGAAAGGAGGGGUAACACCAUUUCCAGUAUUCUACGGGACUUGGAAGAAAAACGUUCAUUCCUAAAGCGGUCGGCUUCAUUAUCAUCAUCACCCCCCUGCGCUCGAGCUUUCACUACUUUUAUUUGGACUUUUGUCUGCGUCAGACAUGAAUGGUGGUCGUUCCUUUUUUCCCUUCAACCCUAAGUAUAUACAGCCUAAACAAAAUAAACCGAGGAGGUAGCGGUGAGGUCGAGGUGGUUGUUGGUCACUUUUCUUUCUGAGUCUUCUCCUCAGCGCACUCGGGAUGGAUGGAUAGGAUGGACUUCGCAGACGCGGGAGACCGAGCGCGCAACGACGAGGCUUUUGGAAACUUUCACGUGGAGUAGUUCAGCGGUUCCACUCAAAGGCGUUUGGCGACGCUAACAUUAGAGGCGCUUUUCUUUUGCGUGGGGAAAAAAACUAACAACCAAAAAGAAUGGCCCGGACGGCUUUGUUUCUCCUGCUGUGGAUCUUGACGUGGCUGGGGGAUGCGAAGAGCACGUACCCGCAGCGCUACAGCCUGUACUCGGGCCAGACGCAGUCUCCUCAGCACAACAGCGCAGCCCACGGAGCGCGGGCGGCCAGCCGACACAGGAACUGGUGUGCGUAUGUAGUGACGAAGACAGUGAGCUGUAUGGUGGAGGAUGGGGUGGAGACCUACGUCAAGCCAGACUACCAUCCUUGUUCCUGGGGAAAUGUGCAAUGCUCCCGCGUAGUGGCCUACCGUACCUUCAUGAGGCCCAGGUACAAGACGACGUACAAGAUGGUGACGGAGAUGGAGUGGAAGUGUUGCCAUGGUUACAGCGGGGAAGACUGCAACGUGGGCCCCGUGGGGGGCUCCGGGACCCAGUUGUCCACCACCAGGCCCCGGCCUCGGCCUGGCCAGGGUGGGACCGGCACCGGACAGGGCGGAGGAGACAGUGGGCGAGGGGACAGCGACAAGAUGAGGCGGCUGGAGGAGAAGAUCCAGAGCCUGACCAAGGACCUGGACAACGUGAAGUCCACCCUGCGCGGCAUGAACGGAGGCAGCGGGGGAUCGGGCCACACCGGCAGCACGAGCCAGGGGGGAGGAGGAGGAGGAGGAGGAGGAAGAAACCCAGCCGACGCCGCCCAGCCAGAGAUAAAGGAGAUGAUCAACAGCAUCCAGAACAAGCUGGACCAGCUGGAUAACCGCACCCAGGACCAUGACAAAACGCUUGUCAACAUCAACAACCACCUCGUGAACGGCAAGGGCAAAGAGCUGGAGGGAGGACUGUCUGGAGAAGGAGGAGGAAGAGCAGGAGGAGGAGGAGGAGGAGGAGGCGGCGUGGAAGGAGGGAGGGGGAACUCCCUGAAGGAGGAGAUCCUGAGCGAGCUGGAGAGGAGGGUGUCUCUCUCCUGCUCCUUCUGCCAGGAAGGUGUGGAGAAUCUGCGGGACCAGCAGCGGGAGGACCGCGAGAGGAUCCGCGCCCUGGAGAAGCAGCUGACCGUGAUAGACUCCCGGUACCGCCUGAGCCUGGACGGGCUGCGGCGGGACGUGACGCGCUCCCAGGGCUGCUGCGACGGCGUCAGUGACCUGAAGAAGCGUCUCGCCGACGCCGAGCGUAAGAUAGCCGCCACCUCGGAGAAAUACGACGUCAUCCAGACCAAACUGGAUACGGGGCUAGGUGGAGGAGAGGGAGGAGGAGGAAGAGGAGGAGGAGAAGGAGGUAGAGGAGGAGGAGGGAGUUUCGGCGGAGCAGCGGGGGCCGGCGGCGGAAACGGCGGGAGGGGUGGCGGCUCGGCGGGGGGGGGGGUCGCCGUGGUGACGGAGGACCUGCUGGACGCGCGGCUGCGGGACCUGGAGCGCCGCGUCAACGGCUCGGCGCGGCAGACGGAGAAGAGCUGCUCCUUCGUGGAGAACGAGGUGAAGGACCUGCGGACGGUGUUCCUGGACCGCUUCGACGACCAGGGCUUCCGCAUCUCGGACGUGGAGCUGGACGUGGGCCUGGUCAAGGACCAGGUGACGGAGCAGGACGGGAGGCUGGCCCGCCUGGAGAACGCCACCGCCCUCGUCGGACGCAGGAUGGAGGAGUGCGGCUGCGGCCUGGACGCAGGAGGAACCGGAGGAGGAGCGGGCGGAGGAGGCGGUGCAACAGGAGGAGGAGGAGGAGGAGGAGGAGGAGGGCAGGGAGGAUCAGUGACCGGCGGGGGAGGAAGAGGGGACGGAGGACGGGGAGACGGGGGAGGGAAUAGAGGGACGGGAGGAGGAGGAGGAUUCGGAGGAUCCGGGGGAGCUGGAGGGAGAGGGUCAGCAGGAGGGUCGAAUGGAGGGACCCUCGGAGGAGGCAGGGGGGGAGCUGCCGGGGGACGACCGGGGAUUGACGACACCACAGAGAUAUCUCUGGAGUGGAGGGUCUUCGCCAAUGAGGACAAGAUCCACCGCUUUAGCACCACCCUCAGAAACCUGUCUGUGUCCGGAGACUCUCUGUUCGACAAGGUGGUGGACCUGAGCCACGACGUGCGUAAGAUCAAAGCCCUGACGGGGGACAGCGGGGAGCACUUCAACCGCAUCGUCACCGAGAUCGAGACCCUGGGACACGGCUGUGGGGACACGUGCAGCAGGGUGGAGGACGAGCUGCGCAGGCUGAAGAACUACACCCGGAACGCCCUGGACCGCCUCAAGGUCCACGUCGACACCCUGCAGGGCGGCGGGGGGGCGACCCACCGGGGGCCUUGUUCCCAGGGCUGCUCCGACCUGCAGGAGGAGGUGGGCCGGCUCAGACAGGACGUGGAGAAGUGCACGCGACAGUGCAAGAACGGACCCGACACGUCCGCAGACGGGGGUAGCGGCGGCACGGGGAUUUCUGGAGGGGGGCUGGGGGGCGAGAAGCCCCUGGACGGCCACAGCGUGAUCGGGGGCACCCUGAACAACAACCACCUGAAGAGGCUGCAGGGCGAGCUCUCAGAGGUCCUGCUGACCUUCAGUUCCAUCAACGACACGCUGAAGGGCCUGGAGCACACCACGCACAAGCACGGCAGCGUCAUCACAGACCUCGGAAACACAAAGGACAAGAUCAUCUCCGAGCUGGACAAGAUCCAGCUGGAGGUGAACGAGCACAUCGAGGGGAGCCGCGACCGGCUGGACGGGAUGGACCGGGACGUGCGGCGCUUCGAGAGCACCCUGGUGGUGGAGAUGGGCGACUGCAGGCGGUCCGGCGACGGGCUGGAGAAGAGGCUGUCCAAGCUGGAGGGGGUGUGCAGCCGGAUGGACGGCGUGUCGGACUCCCUCCAGAGGAUCAAGGACGGGCUGAACAAGCACGUGACAGGCCUGUGGAGCUGUGUGAGCGGCCUGAACUCCACCGUGAUCGCGCACGGAGAAAUCCUCGACGACAUCCAGAACGAGCAGCUGGACGGCAUCCACGGCAACAUCAAGAACCUCAACUCCUCCAUCAACCACGUCCUCGACGCGUUCCAGAGCUUCUCGGAGAAGGAUCUGACCGGCCCGCCAGGACCCCCCGGACGCCCAGGAGAGAGAGGCUUCACCGGUCAGCAGGGUGGCAAGGGUCCCGUCGGUCCCCCUGGGAGAGUGGGAGACUACGGACCAAGGGGAUCACCAGGUCCCAAAGGUGAAGCAGGAAUGCCUGGGGCCGAUGCCAAUGUGCCCAAGCUGUCCUUCUCUGCCGCCCUCACUAAACCCAUCGAGAGACCCGGCACCAUCAAAUUCGACACCAUCUUUGUCAACGAAGGAGACUUCUACGACCCUUCGACAGGCGUGUUCACCGCUCCCGUGGACGGCCACUACUUCUUCAGCGCCGUGCUGACGGGCCACAAGAACGAGAAGAUCGAGGCGGUGCUGUCCAAGUCCAACUACGGCAUGGCCCGCGCCGACUCCGGUGGCUACCAGCCCGAGGGCCUGGAGAACAAGCCGGCGGCGGAGGCCCGGACGCCACCGGGCGCCCUGGCCGUGUUCAACGUCAUCCUGCCGCUGCAGGCCCAGGACACGGUGUGCAUCGACCUGGUGAUGGGCAAGCUGGCCCACUCCACGGAGCCCCUCACCAUCUUCAGCGGGGUCCUGCUGUACGAGGACAUGUGAGGGGAGGCCCCCCCCCCCCCCCCCCCCUUGGAUCACAGAGAGGUCACCUUCCGCGAGGCUGUUCCCCUCACACUCUCCUUCCUGUGAACUUGCUUGUUGAAAGGAGAUGGAGGAGAGACGAGGGAGAUGAGAGACCUGUGUUGACUGCAUAUGUGGAAGAAGAAUAGAGGAGAAGAGGAGGAAUGAAUGAAUGAAUGGACUUUUUUUUUGCGACUUGUGUUUCGACGUUGACAACCGGAUUUAAGAGAGGAGCGGAAAAAAAAAAAAAAAUGUUACAAAAAAAAAAAGAACUAAAACUAAACGACGAAGCCAGAGAAUGUUCAGAAAAAUAACUUUUUUCAAUAUUAAAUAUUGAAAAUAAACAGGAGGAGGAGUCCACUGCCUAAAUUAUUACAUCACUUCCUUUGUCUCGUUCCUGGCUCUCAGAGUGGUGAUGAACGUGAUGGAAGCACAUGAACUGCUUGACUACCAGAUAAACGCUUAGAACUGAGCGAAGACUUUUACCCGUCCAUAAUCAAAUCGACUGCGUUGCAUUUCUCGAGACAUGCUCACCACACAGAGUUGUACUACUGCAGAAAGAUGUAUGUUAAUAUUACGGUGCCUCAUUUUAUAUAAAUCACUAUGGACAAGAGCUAGGCUUACGGCAAUGGCUUUAUGCACGAAAGCCCAAAGUCUUGAUGACUAUGUACCUGUUUUAGCUGCCAAGUGAUUCCCUGCCAAAGAGCCUGUGUCCAUAGGCUUUCAGUUGAGAUAAUAAAGAAUCCUCUAGUGCCUUUAAACACGUAGCAAUUGAUUUUGAGACGUGACCCGACUGUAGAUUCUAUGGCAGAAUUCCUUGGAUUGUGUCUACUGGGAACUUUGUUUUUGAGUUAGCAUUACUGAGAAGAGGCUAUGCAAAUACUGACGAAAUUUAAUGCAAUAGCGCUCUAUUAAUGCAAAUGACAGUAUUUGCUACGGAAGAGAAAGGACAAUAUUGUAUGGAGAGCAAACCGUGUGCACAUAGCUUUACACAUUUUUGCUAGAGAGAUGAAUACACCAAUCAAGGUCAAAGGACAAAGUUAAGCCAAAUGUCUUGUGUGUUGGAGUACAGCAGCCAGAUGUGAAGAAAUGGUGACUCCUAUUUCAGCUUUUUUAACUCGUGUUAUUCUAUUUGGAUGAAUUCACAUUGUGAAUGUUUUGUUUCUGCUUUAUAUCAAAGUGCACCUUUCUUUCUCUUUUUGUUUUAAUUUUUUAUAUCUUUCCAUGUGCCUUUCACCACAAAAAGUCCAAUGUAAAGGAUUUAACAGUUUUGAAGAUUUGUCCAACCUCACCACAAAAUCAUGCAAACACAAAAAGAUGUCUGACGUGUACUCAGUGUGGCCCUUGAUUAUAAAAACAGACAGAGAAUAUAAUUUCAAGACUCAUAAGACACCAUCUUGAAAUAAACAUUAAUUCCAAUAAAAAUAAAAAUAUUCUAUGUUACAAUCAACGUUUUAUUCAUUGUUUACCUCCCUCAUAUAUCCGGGCCAUAAUUCUUUUCAUCUAUUCGAUUCACUUUUUCAUCUUGUCUGUUUAUAAAUCAGUGGAAUAAAAUGAUCAGUUUCAAGCCCAA